GCCGGGCGCUUCCUGCCUGGCCCUUGGCCCAGGGUGGUGACUGGCUGUCGCGAUCGGGGCGCAGGUCCCCGCCCCCGGCUCGCAGUCCCCACCCCUGCGCCUCCGGGGGCGCCCCAUCGCGGGAGGGUGGUCCGCCUCCCCCCCGGCCGCCCAGGGCAGAGAGGCGGCCAGAACCUCCACCUCUUCCCCGCUUCCGCCGCAGGCAGCGCUCGCCGGCCAGGGCCACCGGGAGGCGCGGCCGUCCCUCCGCCCGCGCGCCGGGGGCCGGCCCUGCCGCCUGCGCCUUUUUCCCCGCGCACACGGCGGCGGCGCGCGGCCACUCGCCAACCGCAGGCAGCGCGGUGGCUGCAGCGCCCUGCGCUCGGAAGAUGGUCCCCGCGGCCGGACAGCUCGCUCUGCUAGCGCUGGGUAUCGUGUCAGCUGUGUGCCAGGCUCUGGAAAACAGCACGUCCAUCCUGAGCGCAGACUCACCCGUGGCAGCUGCAGUGGUGUCUCAUUUCAACAAGUGCCCAGAUUCGCACACUCAGUUCUGCUUCCAUGGAACCUGCAGGUUUUUGGUGCAGGAGGAGAAGCCAGCAUGUGUCUGCCACUCUGGGUACGUGGGUGCUCGCUGCGAGCAUGCGGACCUCCUGGCCGUGGUGGCUGCCAGCCAGAAGAAGCAGGCGAUCACUGCCUUGGUGGUGGUCUCCAUUGUGGCCCUGGCUGUCCUCAUUACCACCUGUGUGCUGAUCCACUGCUGCCAGCUCCGCAAACACUGCGAGUGGUGCCGUGCCCUCGUCUGCAGACACGAGAAGCCCAGCGCCCUCCUGAAGGGAAGAACUGCUUGCUGCCACUCUGAGACAGUGGUCUGAAGAUCCCAGAGGAGGAGUUUGGCCAGGCGGCCUCCCAGGCAGCCUGUGACAGCCCAGCCACAGAAAGGCUUCUCAGAACAGCGUCACCCACAGUGUCGGGGCCUGCAGACGUGCUGGCAGAACUCCCCUCUCGGUACACAACCACCUGCUCAGCCUUCUGUCCUCCGAGGGCCUUCAAAACUGCGUGAUAAUGCUGCCUGCUGGGCUUUCUCAGUGCACCCUAAAGAAGAGGCCAGUAGACCAUGUUUUAAAGACAAGUUGAACAAGAACCUGAAAAGGCUGGCCUUCUUGCUAACCCACACCAAGCGUGUGCUUGGAUUGGUGGCUCCUGCCAGCCAUGGGUUCCAGGCUGUUUCUCCUCAAAGGGCCAUCUGCCCCAACAGAAACUUCAUGGUUAAUGUACAAAAUGGACAAGGGGAAACAUCUAUUGUUAUAUGAAGACACUGUGGCCUCCCACAAGCCCUGAUAUCUCCUCAUGCUGUUUCUGGGAUGUGUGUCUUAUUUAUUAGAUGGAUAACGGUUUUAUUUUUCAUCUCUCAAGUCAGCGUCAGGCAUUCACGUUAGUGAUACAUGAACAGCUGUGAAGUUACACCAAAUAGAAACAUCCAGCCACCUUGGUAAGUUAGGGCCGAAGGGAAGGGAGCCUCGCCGGAGCUGCAGAGACAGAACUCAAAAUGCAUUCUGAUGGGAACAAAACGGCUAUUCGGAGGCUGUACCACUUAAGACAGGAAAGUUAGCAAAGUUAGAAAAUCCAGUAGCAGAGAGAGUCCUCCCUGAUGGGGGACAAGAGGACAAGAGAGCCUGUGUGGGCACCUAGGGAGGACGUACAUGCCAACACAUGAUUAAGUGGAUUAACUUCCUCGUGAGUCCAGCUCCAGCAUUAGCAGCAAGCUGUGGGCCAAAUCCAUGAAGGGGACCAGCCCUUUAUUUUCCAUGCUGUUGCCUUGGUUUUUGCUUUAUUUUUAGAAGGAGAAAUUUAACUUUCCUAUUUAUUUUCAAGCAUUUGAGAAAUAUCCCACUGUUUUGUUUUGUUUUUUUACUCCUUUCAGAAUGUUAGCAUUAUUAACAAAAUUGGCUACCAAGCCUCUCCACUCCCCUCAGGAGAAGGAGACCUGCUCCCUGAUCACCCCAGGGUGCUCUGACCCGUUGGACCCACCCUCAUCCCUGCGCUGCUCUGUACUGUCUGGAGAUGCGAUGACAGGAAACACCCAAAGCUGCUUAUUGAGGAGGCCAUCCUUAACUCAGAAGUGAAAAGCCCAACCCCCUCUGCCCUCCGUGGCCUCCAGUUAAUGUGCUGGGAGAAGGGCAUUUGAUAUACCACGUUGGCUUGAAGUUUCUGUCAGAAAGUUUUGCCUACUCCUCAUUCUUCUCCAUUCUACCUUCUUCUAUGAAUUGUUCUCUUCUCGUGUGAUCUAAGCCCUGAUCUGCCCCAGGUCUUAACCCUAGCACUCUGGUCACAAUGCCUGAAGCCCUAAAAGAAGAAGCUGGAUCUGUUCAUUGCUGCCCUUCCUCCAGCUACUUAGCUGACAUGGCUCCAGGCAGACAGCAUCAUUUUCAUUAUUAUUAUUUUGUUUUGGUGUUUUAUUUUGUUUUGUUUUGUUUUGUGAGACAAGGUCUUGCCAGUCUUGAACUCAAGAUCCUCCUGCUUCAGCCUCCUGAGUGCUGGCCGUACCCAGCAGAGUUGUUUGUUUGUUUGUUUGUUUGUUUAUUAAAAUAGGUUAAGUUUGCUUUUCUUGGGUCAUACAUGUGGGUCAAGGCCAAGAGCAGCCUGCUGCUCUGAGACCAAUCAGCCGCGCUGGACUUUACACCUCUACUGGCUCCAGCGCUCUCAGCUGAAGGCCUGGCUCAGGGGGCCAAUACAGAUGGCCGUGCAGGGCUUGUUUUAACUUAGUUCACAGUGUUAGCUUCCGAUGGCAGAUCCUUUCUGAUCAUCUGGCUGCUUUUAAAGAGUUUGAACUGAUAUCAAAAUAUUAAUGGGAACUUCCUACCUAAUGUCCCAUCCUAAAUAUUGUUACCAUCCAAGACUCAGCAGAGGUGGGGAAAAAAUUAGGAUGAAAUCAUGAUGGUGAAGGCAGAGGAUUCUCAGGAGGACCUCAGCUUCAGUGUCUCCACAUUCCUGUUCAAGGCCCAGCCAGUCACAGCAGCCAGUGCCCUGCAGUGCCUGCACACAGACACAGCCAGCUCACAUGGCCCCUACAAGUGCCUUCCCAGCCACCCCCUUUGCGAAACAAUGGAUCUGGAGAAUCAGAAGCUAAACGUAGGUUAAGGCAAGUCUGGUUGGACAUCAUCCUGGCCCCAGCAUACAGCAGCCCUGCUUUGGUGACUUUGAUUUUGGAAGUCAGUCAGAUGCUGUGUCUCUUCUUUGUCAUCUCACAGCAGUUAGUGUACCAACAUCCUCCUGUUCCUGCUGGUCACACUGCCCUCCCUCAGCACCCUCCUGCUGGUCACACUGCACUCCCUCAGCACCCUCCUGCUGGUCACACUGCACUUCCUGGCCCUCUCUUAAUGUUCAGCGCAGCAGUAAAUAGGAGCAUUCCUCAGCAGCCACAUAGGACAGUGGCCAGCACAGCUGUCCCAGUGACUGGGGGAACUAUGGACAUUCCCAUUGAAUGAACUGAAAGUAAUUCUAGGGACGGUUCAAUGGCGCAGUGAGCAAAGGCACUUACCAGCAUCCUGAGAGCCUGAGUUCAACCCCUGGAACCCACAUGGUAGAAGAGAAAACCAAUUUUUCCAGGGUGCCUUCUGUUCUCCACACACAGGGCAUGUGUACACACACACACACAGGGCCAUGUUUACACACACACACACACACAAUCUAAUUUUUAAAAAUAAAAAUGAAUUCUAGAAAGUGACUCCAGUCUGAAAGGUAGAUUCCAGGCGGGCACAUAUGGAACCAAGCCAUGACUCAGUUUGUUGUGUAUCCCAUAAGAAGGUGGGAACUAUAAUCCCAAGAUCCCCUUUCUCAAAAAAGGGGGGGCUACUCAGAACGGUGAGGGAGGAGGCUCUGUCUCUGGGUCCCUGGGGCCAGGUUUCCCAGCGCCUGUGAGCCCCAGGAUAGACCAGCAACAUUCUAAGCCUGCCUGCAGGCCCCAGUUCUGAGUGAGUUCCAAGCUUGUCUCUUCCCCAGGACCGAGAGGAGGCCACACUGGACACCACAUAUGUUUUUGACACAGGGUUUCGCCCUGUAGCCCCGGCCAGCCUUGAACCCAUUAUUCCCCUGCCUCAGCCUCCUCGGUUACGGGUGUGUGCCACCAUACUUGGCUUAUGUUUGUUUUUAAUGUUCCGGUGUCAGGUGUAUUCCCUGAAGCCACUGAUCUAUCUCAAAGACACAGUGUUGUGUGCACACAUGUGACCGUGCGCACACACACAGAGUACUGGAACGCAACUCCUCUCCACGGUGUGAUAAGUUUUUUGUAAGGGACCUGAUGCUGUUUUUAGGGCUCAUCAUUCUGACUUCAGUAUAUGAUGCACUGACGGUUACUAUGUAAUGUUUUAAUUUAUUUUAUGUGGUAAGUUAAUUUUGGUCUCUGUAAUGUAUUAAUGUGAUUAGAAGCUUUUUUCCUUAAUAUCUGAAUUAUACUUAAAGAGUAGCGAGGAAUAUAAGAUACUGUUGUGUUUUUCAGAAAUGUGUAUUGUUACCCAGUUGUAUUGUACCUUGUCUGGAAGGAUGAAGGAAUGAACUCUUUUUUUUCCUAAA